GCGAAAUCUAAACCACCGCCAUUUGAAAAAUCCUUCUCCUGCGUAUUAAUUCACAAAAACGUAUAGUGCUCAAAUAAUUGAUAUUUGAACCGACAAAAAUAUAAUUCCCACACUAACUACAAGUCUCAAGAAAAUAAAAUUAAAAUGGACUCUAUUUCUCCUCAUACCAAAAAACAUCAUGCUGUAUGUAUACCAUUUCCAGCACAAGGUCACGUGAACCCAUUGAUGCAAUUAGCCAAACUCCUACGUUGUAUGGGUUUCCAUAUAACCUUUGUGAAUACUGAAUUCAACCACAAACGUUUGGUGAAUUCUCUUGGACAAGACUUUGUUAAGGAUAUUCCUGAUUUUGAAUUUGAAACUAUACCUGAUGGUUUGCCUCCAUUUGAUAAAGAUGCAACACAAGAUAUUCCACCCUUGUGUGAGGCAACUAGAAAUAACUUUUAUGCUCCUUUCAAAGAGCUUGUGAGUAAGUUGAAUUCUUCAUCACCGUAUCCAGUUAGUUGCAUAGUUGCUGAUGGUAGUUUGGGCUUUGCUGCAAGAGUAGCUAAAGAGUUGGGCAUUCCGGAACUAAAGUUUUGGACAGCUUCAACUUGUGGCUUUCUGGGUUAUUUACAAUUUGAUGAACUUGUCAAAAGAGCCAUUCUUCCAUUCAAAGAUGAAAAAUUUAUUGUGGAUGGCACCUUGGAGACAAAUUUAGAUUGGGUCAUAGGAAUGAAAGAUAUGAGACUAAAAGACCUUCCAAGCUUCAUUAGAGUAACCGAUCUAAAUGAUAUUAUGUUUGAUUUCUUGCGUUCUGAGUCAAAAAACUGCCUGAGUUCAUCAACAAUCAUAAUCAACACAUUUGAAGAAUUGGAAAGUGAAGCCCUUGAAACGCUUAAGGCCCAAAACCCAAACAUAUAUAGCAUUGGGCCACUUCACAUGCUUGGUAGACAUUUUCCUGAGAAAGAAAAUGGUUUUAAGGCAAGUGGUUCAAGUUUUUGGAAAAAUGACACUGAAUGCAUAAAAUGGUUGGAUAAAUGGGAAGCUUGUUCAGUCCUAUAUAUUAAUUAUGGAAGUAUUACUGUCAUGACUGAUCAUCAUUUGAAUGAAUUUGCUUUUGGAAUAGCAAAUAGCAAGGUACCAUUUUUAUGGAUAAUGAGACCAGAUGUUGUAAUGGGUGAAUCUUUCAAUUUCUCACAAGAGUUUCUAGAUGAGGUUAAGGAUAGAAGUUACAUAACUACUUGGUGCUUUCAAGAACAAGUGCUUUCUCAUCCAUCAAUUGGUGUCUUCCUAACUCAUUGUGGAUGGAACUCUACACUUGAAGCUAUUUCUUUUGGUGUGCCUACUAUUUGUUGGCCUUUCUUUGCUGAGCAACAAACCAAUUGUAGAUAUUUAUGCAACUCUUGGAAAAUGGGGAUGGAAAUUAAUCAUGAUGUCAAAAGGGAAGAGAUAACAGAGCUUGUCAUGGAAAUGAUGAAAGGGGAUAAAGGAAAAGAAAUGAGACUCAAAAGCAUAGAGUGGAAGAAAAAAGCUAAAAUUGCUACUGAAUUUGGAGGAUCAUCAUAUAAUAAUUUUUACAAUUUAAUCAAGAAGGUUAUUCAUCAUAAUGCUAUUUGAGUCUUAUUGGUGUAAUAUGAAAUGUAUCUUGCUAUUUGAAUCUUAAUAAUAUUGGUGUAAUAUGAAAUGUAUCUUUUUCUUGUACUUUAUAUGCAUCCUCAUAAUGCAUUAUUUACUUUGUCGGAUGUUGUUUUUGUUGGGUUCAAGUGUGAUUGGUCAACAAUCACAUUGUCUAAGAAUAAAUUAAAUGUUGAAUAUAUAAGAUAAGUGAUCUAUA